GAUCGCAGGAGUGAUCCCAGCAGCAAGCAAGCCACGGGUUUUCGUUAUCCGCAUUUUUACGUUCGUUGAGAAAAAAACCCAUCCCCAGAGGGGGGGGUUUCCGUUGAUUUCGUUGCACUCCACAUCACACGUAGACGAAUCAAACACGGGCUCCCGAUGGCGAUCAACUGAACAUUUUGUCUCGAACUCGAGGAAAUUGUCAAGUUUGUUUGGUAUUUUUUUUUUUUUUCAUCUGAAAGAGGAAUAAAACAGGGGAAAAUAGUUGUGCCACAUCGAGGAUCAUGAAAAUGGUGUUGUCACAACGGCAGCGGGAGGAGUUAAAUAAGGCGAUUGCGGAUUACCUCAGUACCAACGGAUAUCAGGAUGCUCUGGAAGCAUUCAAGAAGGAGGCAGAUAUGCCCGGGGAGGUUGAGCGCAAGUACGGAGGUCUCCUCGAGAAGAAGUGGACAUCUGUCAUUCGACUCCAGAAAAAAGUCAUGGAGUUGGAGUCAAAGCUGUCAGAAGCGGAGAAAGAAUUUAUCGAGGGUGCACCAACGAGGGGUAAACGCUCGUCGUCAGAGUGGAUACCAAGGCCACCGGAGAAACACUGUCUUACUGGUCACAGGGCUCCAAUAAACAGAGUCAUCUUUCAUCCAGUCUUCAGUCUAAUUGUUUCUGCUAGUGAAGAUGCAACUAUUAAGGUCUGGGAUUUCGAGUCUGGUGAAUUCGAAAGAACCCUAAAAGGCCAUACAGACAGUGUCCAGGACGUGGCAUUCGAUGCAACAGGCAAACUCCUCGUCUCGUGCAGUGCCGAUAUGUCGAUAAAACUAUGGGACUUUCAUCAGUCAUUUGCAUGCGUCAAAACAAUGCAUGGACACGAUCACAACGUCAACUCUGUGUCAUUCGUGCCAGGGGGAGAUCUCGUUGUCAGUGCAUCCAGGGAUAAGACCAUCAAGAUUUGGGAAGUCGCUACUGGAUAUUGCGUUAAAACACUGACAGGACACAGGGAGUGGGUCAGGAUGGCAAGGGUCAGUCCUUGUGGAGAACUCAUUGCCAGUUGUUCUAAUGAUCAGACUGUUCGUGUGUGGCAUAUGGCGUCGAAAGAAACCAAAGUUGAAUUGAGAGACCACGAACACGUAGUUGAAUGCAUUGCCUGGGCACCAGAGAGUGCAAGAGCUGCGAUAAAUGCAGCUGCCGGAGCUGACAACAAAGGAGCACACGAGGGCCCCUUCUUGGCAUCAGGUUCACGUGAUAAAACAAUUCGCGUAUGGGAUAUUGGGGCUGGUGUGUGUCUGUUCACACUUCAUGGCCAUGACAACUGGGUGCGUGGUAUUGUCUUUCAUCCCGGUGGUAAAUUCAUCGUCAGUGUGUCUGAUGACAAGACAUUACGAGUAUGGGACACUCGCAAUAAGAGGGCUAUGAAGACACUUGAGGCGCAUGUACAUUUCUGUACUUCAGUUGAUUUUCACAAGAGUCACCCCUACGUGGUAACAGGUAGCGUCGACCAGACAGUGAAGAUUUGGGAAUGUCGCUAGUCACCGAGCUUUCAAGUUUACAUAAAACUCUUAACACAUUAAUACUUCUUUCGCCAUUAUUAUUUUCCUCAUGAAAACCUCACAACACCGAGAGACCUACUGAAAAAUAAACCUCAAACCAAAUUAUUAUUUCAAAAUUACUCUAGAGGAUAGAAAUUGAAUGAAAAAAUCCUCCAUUAGUUGGAAUAAAAUCCACGCGAGCAAGAGAGAGAGAGAGAGAGAGAGAGAGAGAGAGAGAGAGAGAGAGAACAAUAAUGGGCCGAAUUGUGAGCUGCAAGAGAGCAGGAAAAACAUUAUUAAAAAAUUCAAAAAAAAAAGCUAUCGUACAUGCUACUACUUAUAACUAUAAACAAAAAAAUAUAUAAAAGGAUAAAAAAAUCACAUAAACACGUAAUCAUAAGCUCUUUAAUUAAUUUAUAAUAAAGUAUAGUAAUUAUUAUCAGUAAAUAUCGUUUCACGGUAAUCAGCUACACCAUCUUGAGAAAAAAAACUGAAAAAAAAUGAAAACAAAAUUGAGAGGUGUUAAGGAGGCACAAUGAGAGGAGGACGUGGAAAAAUGAUGUAAAUUUUUUCAAGCUUUCUUGAUGGAGCACUGGACACUCGACCUUUCAGAUCCUGUAAAUACCUUGAAAAAAAAAAAAAAAAAAAUUAUAACAAUAAUCAAGAUUGAAUAACAAAUAAUCGAGUGUGGGCCACACGAUGAGUUCCAUUCUUCCUGAUGAUCAAAUUUUAUUUUCAAUUUUUUUAAUUAAAUAAAAAAAUAACGAAUAAAUGAUAAAGCCUUGAGUUAGUCCUCCUCGUGCUCCUACUUCAGUUGGAAAUAACAUUAUUAAAUAAUUAAUAAUGGCAAUGUAGUUAUUUUGAUGGAUUCGAUAUCUACUAUUCCGGCAAUUUCGAAUUUUUGCAUGAAGCCAGAAGCUUUUUACUGUAUUUAAAUUACAAAUUUACCAAUAAAGCUGAUCUCUGAUUUUUCAAAAACAAUCGAUUCAUAGAAUAAAAUUAAGUUCAGUAGUGAUUAUUAUUUUGUUGAGAAGAGUUGCAUAACGAAUUCAUUGAAAUUUAUUAAAAAAUGAGUGAAGAAAAUUAAUGGAUAACUCUCAAGUAAUCGUAAAAUACUUGUAUUUGAGGGAAGAAUGAAAUUAGUACAGUGUAGUGACUUGAUUUUCAGAUGGUAUUCAAUUGAAUAAUUGAUGGCAAUUUCUAGAUACUACAGUAAUUAAAGUUGAAUUAUUUUAGUCGAGUAGAGCUACAUUUAACCGUAGACUGGCGGAAGUUUAACACAGAAAAUACCAAGGGAUUGAUGUAAUCAAGGGAGUAUAAUUCAAUUUCAAAUUUCAAAUUAAUUCGAGGAACAUAUUAAAUGGUGUUCAAACGAUUUUUCUUGUUAUUUAUUGACAUUUGUAUUUUGUGAUUAACGAUAAUUUAAAAUCAAGGAGAUAAAGAUGAACCUGCCGUUGCCUCCCGGAAACACGAGUUACGUAUACGUAUGUCAGUUUUUUAUUUUAUUUAUCGAUUAUUGAUGUGGUACUUUCAUUUUACUGAACAUAAUAAAAUUAUCAUGUCACUGAA